CACACACACGUACGAACGCGCGCGCGCUGAUGAAAAUACACACACACAUACAAACCCACGCACACGCAUACGCACUCCAAAUCAAACGUUCGCUGUUUCGUCUACUGUGCUCAUUUUCGUACGAUUCGAUCGGGUUGCAUCCCUUGACCCUACGUGUCGACGGUUAGCGUUAACUACCAUCACGCGCACGCCCGCGUCCCGACUACGCUGCCCGUCGACCCGACCGACAGCCAACCGCUUGCCGCGCUCACCGCCCGGCGAUCCGUUUCAAAGUUCCAAACCGAAAACGUUUAGUAACGAUUUUGAAAGGUUUCACUGUCGUUUUUCAAAAAUGGCCGUCAAUCUACAUCAAGUGAACAACGACACCGCAAAUAGCAAACGAUUGUCGUUGAUAAAAAUCAUCAAGAUUGAUCUGUCCAAAGAAAACGAUAACGGGACCAAUGAUGAGAGUACUGAGUAUUCGCCGGCGUACAUUUUAACUAUGAACACUUGCAACGUGAAUAGCGGAACUGCAUCACAAGAAGUGAAAUUUCAAUUAUUAGAUAGCAACAAUGAAAUUAUUAUAGAAUUUAUUCCUAAUUAUACAGUAGACUAUUGUAAAGUUUCCAAAGAUACUUAUGCCAUACAAUUAAACAAUCAUACAUAUAUGUUGAAAUUUAAAACUCAAACAGAUGUGUAUGAAUUUGCUGUAUUGUUGGUUCGUGCUAAGAAAGGUAAUCAGCUCUCCGUCUUUUCUGAUAGAACUGAUGAAGCAUCAGCUACACAAUAUUUUCAGUUUUAUGGGUAUCUCUCUCAGCAACAAAACAUGUUACAAGACUAUAUACGAACUAGCACUUAUCAAAAGGCUGUGCUUAUUAAUACUGUAGACUUUCAAGACAAAGUUAUAUUAGAUGUAGGUGCUGGAUCUGGUAUAUUAUCUUUUUUUUCUGUUCAGGCAGGUGCUAAAAAAGUAUAUGCUGUUGAAGCAAGUUCAAUGGCUCAACAUGCUCAGACGUUGGUAGAUGCCAAUAAUUUAGGAGACAAAGUAUUUGUAGUAGCUGGUAAAAUUGAAGAAAUUGAAUUACCUGAAAAAGUCGAUGUAAUUAUAUCAGAACCAAUGGGAUAUAUGCUUUAUAAUGAACGUAUGCUUGAAACUUAUUUGCAUGCCAAAAAAUGGUUAAAGCCAGGAGGUAAAAUGUAUCCUAGUAAAGGUGAUCUACAUAUUGCUCCAUUUACUGAUGAUGCUUUAUUCAUGGAACAAACAAAUAAAGCUAGUUUUUGGGUUCAGUCAUGUUUUCAUGGAGUUGAUUUGAGUUCAUUGCGAGAUAUGGCUAUGCGAGAGUAUUUUAGACAGCCAAUAGUUGAUACAUUUGAUAUACGCAUAUGUCUUGCAAAAUCUGUUAAGCAUAGUUUGGAUUUUCUUACUGCCACUGAAGAACAACUACACCAAAUAGACAUUCCUCUUGAGUAUUAUAUACUUGAAUCGGGAACAAUUCAUGGAUUAGCUUUUUGGUUUGAUGUUGCAUUUCAAGGCAGUAAUCAAACAUUGUGGCUAUCAACUUCCCCUACUGAAUCAUUGACUCACUGGUAUCAAGUUAGAUGUCUUCUAGAAAAGCCUAUUCUUGUUAAAGUUGGUCAAAUUUUAACUGGUAGUGUUUCACUUCAAGCUAAUGUUAGGCAAAGUUAUGAUGUUUUGAUAAAUUUGAUGAUUGAUGGACUUCCUCAUACAAGUUCAUCAAAUAAUUUAGAUCUUAAAAAUCCAUACUUUCGAUAUACUGGUCAACCACCAAUGCCACCUCCUGGUGUUAAUACUAUAUCACCUAGUGAAAAUUAUUGGGCAAAUUUGGAUCUACAAACUUUAAAUAUGGUUAACGGCAUCCCAUUGAAUGGUUAUGCUACAGAUCUUUCCAUGGAUAUUCAGUCAUCACCUACAGCUGUAGCUAACAAUUCAAAUCUUAUAAAUUUAGUUACUGUACCUCAACCAAAUAUUCAUCCAGGAUCCAUUAGUAGCACUGGACGACAACGUGUAAGCACAGCUACUUCCACAGCAGGUGCUCAACUUAUAGGUGGAGGAAUAUCUCCUACCUUAUUUACUUCCAAUCAGAACCAAAAUCAACAACUAUUGUUAGGAGCAGCAACAGCUGCAGCAGGAGGUUCAACCACUGCUAUGGGAAACUUUCCAGUAAACAACAGUUUAAUGAUUGGAGACUAUGUUGCGCCUAACACUGGUGUUUUAAAUAUAUCAUAUCGUUAACUUACCAUUCAUGUAUACAAAGUAAUUUUUUAACAAUUACAAUUUCAAACAUUCUUUUAAAAGGACUUACAUACACCCUUUGUAAAUUGUAUCAUUUAUUUAAACAUGUAUAGUUUUAAAGUUAAAGUGCUAACUUUAUUUUCAAUUAAAAU